AUGCCUUCCACUACGACGGCUGCGCCCGCUUUGCCAACAACUAAUUCCGAACUCGCAAGCGUCGAGCCUGUAGCCUGUUAUAAUUUUGAUAUCAAUGCUUACGGCUACUGUUGUCCCGGACCUGGGAACCCCUGUGAGAAGGAUCUUGGUAAGUGUUAUUUCAACGGAGAGGGUGUCUCUGAUGGGGCGAGCGGAAUUGUGCCCACAGGCGCAAGAUGCCCUCUGCCACCUGGCGCAGAGUACUGCAGAGGUGCGUGUGAAGAGUAA